CGAGUCUCUGCAUACUCCACGCUGGCAAUGAGAAGUCACUGAAGCCAUGACAGGAGCAGAGGAGCAUCAUGCUCUCUCUGGGCUGGCUGUUUCUUUGCUUUGUUGCAGGAGAGCAGACCACGGGAUUUGAUCAUUCAGCUUGCGUCACCAAAAGACUUCUGUGGAUAUAUCCUGUGAAGGGUGCAGAGGAGUUAGUCCUAUUUUGUGAUUUACCAGAGCUUCCGAAGUCACAAUUCUCCCAUAUAAAUCAACUGCCACCAACCCAAGGCCCCGCCCACAUACCUUGCAGUGGAAAUCAGAACCAAUCUGAUGUCCAGUGGUACAAGCAGCCUCGGCGUGGAGGUCCAUUAGAGGAGAUCCACAGAACCUCUUCUCACGAGAGGCAAGGCAUGCUGCGGCUAUCGGCCCCACAGAUAAACAAUGCAGGGUCAUUUAUCUGUAGACCCAGGCUUAGGCACCCCCAGGAUAUGGCUUGUUGUGUCAAGACCAUCUUAGAACUUAAGCCUCAGAGAAAUGUAUCCUGUGGGAACCCAGCUGAGCACACACAAUACCUAUUUCUUGGUAGCACUGGCUCCAUUUAUUGCCCCAGUCUCAGCUGCCAAAGUGAUGUCCAGAGUUCAGAGAUGACCUGGUACCAGGAUGGAAGACUCCUGGAUGAGUAUAAGAACAGCAUCCUUAAGUUGGAAGAUGUUUAUACACAUAACCAGGGCUUGUAUGUGUGUGAUUAUCCUCAAUCGGAUAAUGUGAGCUCCUGGACAGUCCGAGCUGUCGUCCAUGUAAAAACCAUUGUUAAGGACAUCAACCUGAAACCAGACAUUCUGGAUCCCAUCACGGACACUCUGGAAGCGGAGCUUGGAAAGUCUUUGACCCUAUCCUGCAGAGCACAAUUUGCCUUCCAAAAAGACGCUCAACCUGUAAUAAAGUGGUAUGCCAAAGAAUCUACUCAGGAGCGGGAAAUUCUAGGAUCUAAGAAGGAAUGCCCUGAAUCUAAUUUCAAGAGCACAGUCAUUGAAUAUACCGUUGUCCUGCCAACAGUCACUCAAAGCAAUCUUAGCAGCAAGUUUGUUUGCUUUGCCCAGAACUCCGUCGGGAACACAACACGGACCAUCCAGCUGAGGGAGAAGAAGGGGGUGGUGUUUGUAUACAUCCUCCUCGGCACAGCCAUGGCGCUGGUGGGCAUUCUGGUCUCGGCUGCCUUUCUCUACUGGUACUGGAUUGAGAUCGUCCUGCUGUACCGAGCCUACAGGAGCAAGGACGAGACUCUGAAGGACAAGAAGGAGUUUGACGCCUUCAUAUCCUAUGCAAACCGGAGCUCUCCUGAGAGUGAAGCCAUCGGCUCACCGAGUGAGGAGCACUUGGCCCUGAAUCUUUUCCCUGAAGUACUAGAAAACAAAUACGGAUACACCCUGUGUUUGCUCGAAAGGGAUGUGACCCCUGGAGGAGUGUAUGCGGAUGACAUUGUGAGCAUCAUUAAGAAAAGCCGAAGAGGAAUAUUUAUCCUGAGUCCCAGCUAUGUCAAUGGACCUUGUGUCUUUGAACUGCAAGCAGCCGUGAACCUUGCCUUGGUUGAUCAGACAUUGAAACUAAUUUUAAUUAAGUUCUGUUCCUUCCAAGUGCCAGAAUCUCUCCCAUAUCUUGUCAAAAAAGCUCUCCGGGUUCUCCCUACAGUCACGUGGAGAGGCUUGAAAUCAGUCCAGCCUAGUUCCAGGUUCUGGACCCAGAUAUGCUACCACAUGCCAGUGAAGCGCUCCAGCAGGUUUUUGAGCAAUCGGCUCAGCAUUAUCCCGAGAGGCUUCUCCCCUGAAAAGGACCUAAGCAGAGAGACAUCAUCGGGAGGAGCAUCCGGCUCAGGGAACAGCCAUGAAACCCGGAACCUCCUUCUCUCCAGCAUCCAGAAGAGGUGCUGAUGGGUAGAAGCUGAUGCACGAAUCAGGCUGGUAGACAAUUGAGUGUUCCUUCUCUCAGCACCAAGCAAGCUUGACAGGCAGUGGAACGAAGCAGGAAUGAAGAGUGGCUGUGGUUUAGGCUCAGAGUUCCUGGAAAAGAGAGAGAGGGAGAGAAAAAGAGAGAGGGGGGAGGGAGAGAGAGAGAGAGCUCUGCAUGCACUCAGAACACAAUGCCCCGAGAGUCUCCAAGCAACCUGAGCAGAAUCAGCAGGGCCAGCUGCUCCUGUGUGGCCAUGGGCUGUCCACUCCGUCUGCAUCUCCAUUUUGCACGGUGUAUGAAUGCAUCCUGUGUGUGUGUGUGUGUGUGUGUGUGUGUGUGUGUGUUCAGUCAGAUAACUAUGAUUUUAUUUUCUGAGAUGAGUAAUCGAAACUCUGUCUAAAUCUUUUCUGUAAGGAAGUCUUUGCUAUGUCUUUUCAUCCACUCUAAACCACAGAAGGGUAACAUAAAUGGUGAGCUAACCGAGCACAGAAUAGCCAGCAUCUCCUGGGUCCUUGGAAGGCAUGGGCCAGGUACGUGUUUCUAGACGCGCGGCUGGAUAAUGUGCAUGAUAUCCAUUGUUGUCAGGAAAUAGCAUGACCCUCAAAUGCAUUUAGUGAGCUCAUCCCAUGUCCCAGUUCAGUAACACAGUAACACCCACUAGAAUGGUGGCCAUUCCCCUUGGGAUUGAGGGGCUGAGUGGCAGGUGUGCUUCCUGUCCUGCUCAGUACUGUAAGAGGAGAUCACAUCACAAGGCACUAGCUCCAGAAACAAAACAAAAAACAAAAAAAUACAAGCUCGACAUUCAGAGCAUCAGAAAAUUUGAGUCAAGCUCUCCUAAUCUGUGGACAGCACAGAGGACACAGCCCUCCCAUUGGGAAGGUGGGGCCUGUGCAGGAUUUAGAUUUAGGAACAGGAGGGCGCCGAUUCCAAUUUCUCCUUGUUUCCCUGGCCAGAGAUCUUUUGUGCAGAAGUCAAAGUAGAUCGUUUUACCCUGAGCAAGUAGGACUGGAAAUAGGGACUAACUAGACACAGACCAUUAGUCCAAUUAAGAGACAAGGGAUGGGCUAGCAGUUGCCACCAAACUGGGGAGGCGGCAAUUGCCAAGCUGUGAGUCUGGGGCGGAAGUGCAUGCACCAGUGGGUAAGCAGCAAGAACAGAGCUGAUACCACAUUUUUGUAUGUUUUGCUUGCUUGCUUAGCCCUCUGCAUGCACGUGGACUGAGCAGUCUUAGUGUAAGUCUUCCUUGGUAACAAGACGAUGCACUUAAAGACCAGGCCAUUGCUUGGUUAGCAAGGUGAGUUUGAUUCUCAUAAGCUGCCCUGCAGCUAAAAUAGGGUCCUAGUUUGGUGCGGAUGUGUGUGACCUUUGGGUGCCACCGUUCCUGUUAGAACAGAGUGGUUCAACAUGUGGGCAGUACAGGACAGCACCUCACGAACGAACUGUCUCACACAUCAGGAUUCGCAUCCACUGGGGACCACAUGAGGUCCAAAUGCAGAGUGGCUCAACUCUUGCCAUCUGGCCACUUGGUGCCUGUGUGAAAUGCUCUUCUGCUCCUACUUCCCAGAGGCACCACAUCAUAAGAACCACCGCGGCUUUGGCGCUAAGCAGCAUCCUUGCUGGAGAUCUCAGAGUUAAAGAAGAGCCAGAGGGUAUAAAUUACACCGGGAGGAAGCUUCUUGUGGGAAGGAUCACAGUGGGGAGGAACCCACACUUGCUGGGCCACUGUGCCCUGGCCAUGGCCGGGUUCCCUGGGUUUCCUGCCAGCCUCUCUCUGAGAUCUUAGACUCAGAAACCUCUUCUGGCCGGUGCAGCCAGGUUUAUCUUGUUCCAAGACAACUGUACUCCCAAGAAUUCCGGAGCCCUCCCUGUCUUUGGCUUCACUGUGCCUCAGAACUGCACACACGUGAAAGAAACAUCUCGUCCAUGUUUAUAGAUUGUCUUCUUUCCCAUAGCUAGGUCUAAUGAAGAUGACAGAUUUGCGUUUAAGACAGAAAGUUAUUGUUUUUACCUCAUGCAUAUUAGCCAAAGCAAAGAGAAUAAUCAGAACAAUCCUAUGUGCCAGAGACUGUGGCUAAACAACCAGACUCAGAGGAGCGAGAGCAAAGCCCUGUUUUCUGACGGUACCAUCUAGACAGGGUGGCCAUGUCGUCUGCCUCUUAUUUUAUAUGUAUUGAACAAAUACAAUGGUAAAAAUGCUUUAUGUCACUAUAAAAAAAAAAAAAAGCUUUUCCAUUUAAAUACGGGUGCCAUCCUUCCAGGACACACUGCCAACCUAUCCUUAUGGACCCUGUGUGGUCUCCCAGACAGU